GUAAACUUGAAAAUACUUUCCCAUUUUAAGGAAAGUGGGAAUUUUUUUUUAAUUUGGCCAUAGAUCGGGAAUAGACUCAAAAAAAGAUGACAAAUAUGAGAACCGCUGAUGAAAAUGAGGUUAGAUGUUGGACCGGUAACUGAUUCGGCUUGUCAUUAUUCUUGUAGACUGUAGUCUUGUAGAUCGAAGAAACCAUUGCUAACGAUUCACAAAGGUCUGAAGCAGAGCGAGAGAGAAAAUGGUGAAAGAGGUAGCAGAAAGCUGUAUUGACAGUUUACUGAUCGAAAUGGUGUCUUCUUACUGCGAUCGUUUCUACGCUAACAAGCCUGAACUCGCUGCUCGUCGUAUAGAAGCCAUUGGCUACCAGGUCGGCCAUCAACUCUCUGAGAGGUAUACCAUGGAGAGACCACGGUUUAGUGACCAUCUCGAGGCAAUCAAAUUUAUUUGUAAGGAUUUUUGGUUUGAAAUCUUCAAGAAACAGAUAGAUAACCUGAAGACAAAUCAUAGGGGUACCUUUGUGCUGCAAGAUAAUCGAUUCCGUUGGCUAGCUCACAUUUCUAUUGAUCAAUCACCGGAUAGUUCUGGUGUAUCCCAAGAUGCUUCUGAGAACUUGGUGGAGAACAAGGCUGCACAGGCAGCUAGCAUGCAUCUCUAUUUUCCUUGUGGAAUCAUAAGGGGAGCACUUACAAACUUGGGAAUACCUUGUGCUGUUUCCGCUGAUAUAUCUAGCCUUCCUGUUUGCUCAUUUGUGGUUCGGAUAAAGGUGUAGUAUGAUGUUUUUAGUCGCUGUCUUGGGGCAUUAUAUUUCAAGAAUCUUUGCUAUACAAGUACGACACUUUGUCUUGACUCCUUCGGUCUGUGCAAUACGGAAAAUUAUGGAGCAUACCUUGUUACUUUUAGUCGGUGCUGAUACUUGAAGGAGCCCCAUGAAGCUUGCCCAGAUUUUAAUUUUCUGUCAAAGCUGUGAGCAGUGUUUGUUGCAAACUGAUUCAUUUGUUCUAGGAUGUAACCCAGAGCAGUAUAAAUUACCUUACCAACUUCAUAGAUGCCUGACAUUGAAAAGGGCUCUGUAAUAUCAAAUGUGAAUGAUAUAAAGAUAUACUUUAUUACA